CCGCCCCGACCUCCUCACCCAUCACAGAGCUCUCUCUCUCCUCGGCACACGCGCGUGGGCUCUUCUUCCUUGUCGAGGUGCUCAGCAUUGAUGGCGACUGACGUGGCUGCUGACCCGGCGCCGUUGGCGGAGGCGGCCCCCGACGUCACCACGGAGGCUCCGGCGGCGGUGGACGCGAAGCCGGCCAAGGCUAAGAAGGCAGCCGCGCCGCGGAAGCGCACCAAUCCCACCCACCCACCGUACGCCGAGAUGAUCUCGGAGGCGCUCGCGUCGCUCAAGGAGAGGACGGGGUCGAGCCAGCACGCGAUUGCCAAGUUUGUGGAGGACAAGCACAAGGACAAGCUGCCGCCCAACUUCCGCAAGCUGCUGCUCGUGCAGCUCAAGAAGCUCGUCGCCGCCGGCAAGCUCACCAAGGUCAAGAACUCCUUCAAGCUGCCGCCGGCGCGCGCCCCAGCCGCCGACAAGCCCAAACCGAAGGCGAAGGCCGCCGCGAAGACCAAGGCUAAAGCCCCCGCCAAGAAGAAGGCCACCGCGAAGCCCAAGGCCAAGGUCCCCGCCAAGCCCGCGGCCAAGACGAAAGCAGUAGCUGCGAAGUCGAAGGCCCCCGGCAAGCCGGCUGCCAAGCCGAAGGCUGCACCCAAGCCGAAAGCCAAGCCGGCCGCGAAGCCGAAGCCGAAGGCGGCAGCUCCCAAGCCGAAGGCCGCGACCAAGACGAAGGCCACAUCCGCCUCGUCCCGGUCCCGCCCGGCCAAGGCGGCCAAGACGUCGGCCAAGGGCGCACCCGGGAAGAAGGCGGCGCCGGCGGCCAAGAAGCCCGCUGCCGCAGUGAAGAAGUCACCAGCCAAGAAGCCCGCUCCGGCGAAGAAGGCGGCGGCCCCGGCGCGGAAGGUGCCGGCCCGGAAGGCGAAGAAGUAGAGAUCGGUGUCGAGCAGUCUAGGGUUCACUUCUCGUUCUGUUUUGGUUGUUUCUCUUCUUUUUUUCUCUUAGUUGAGGAGGGGCAUUCAGGGGUACUUGCUUGUAAAUUUGUUAUCGAGGCGGGGGCAAAUUUGUGUACCCAGGUUGAAAGGACGGAUGGACGGACGGUGUCGUGGAGUUUGUUAGAUGGUUGUCUGUAGCUGAGGUUAAGGAUCAUGUGAUAAGUAUUUGUCGAAAUUACCCUUGCUAAUCUCUUUCACUCUGUGCCUGUGAUCAGACCUUGUAUGCUAUCUGGAUUCUAGAUCUGAAAUAGAAUGAUUUGAGUUCUGGAAAGACA